AACUACCUGUGUGACACCUGUGUUGUGUUUUCAUAGCAAUCACAAAUUUCAAAAGUAUUAAAAAUUAAAUGAUUUUGUCUGCUGGUGGAUGAUUUUAAAAUUAAAGUAACGGAUUUUCAAAGAUUUUCAACAUUAAAACAAACAAAGAGAUAUAACCGAUACAAAAGGGUAAUGUAUUUCAAGUUUACAAUAGUAAUGUAUAAACACAAAUUGAGUUUAAUAAAAUUAGAACAAUCGAGUCAGGCCUUCAAUGUAUAGCGUAAAUUUUCUUUCAAUAAGCCGCGAGUGUGGCGCGAAACUAACGUUAUAGCGAGUUAGUUUCACUUGACGGUAGGAUCGCUGUUACGGCAUUUGACUUUUUUGCGAUUAAAUUGUUUAGACUUCUUCUGUAAUUUGCGUUUUGUUGUGUUAUAGUCUGCUCUCAGACGGUCAAGUGAAUUCCCCUAAUGCUGAGUAUUUGACUCAGUCAUUGGUUUCGGCAGACGAAGAUCGCGCUAAUCGAAGCGAAGAUCCACUCAACAGUCACGCAGUCACCCUCACCCCUCGAGAUCGAGCGCACUUACUACUAUACUUGGUUUAGACACGCGUGUGAUAGUGAACACAAACAGAAUUUUCAGCUAUCUAUAUUGUAUACAAGUAUCUGUAUACAAACUACAAAUAAAAUAUCUGUACAUCGUAUAUUGUUAAAAUAUAUAUUCCUUUGUGCGAUAAUAAUAUUGCAUGAAGCAGUACCGCAACAUGGCGAAUCAAGACAAAGGACGCAAAAAGUGGGGAAAUAAUCAACAAGAUCCCCCAAAUCAUUCAUCUGAUCAUAAGUUUGAAGAAGAUAGAUUUGGAGCUAUGCGUGGUGGAAGUGGCAGACCACCCUCUAGAGCACUCUAUAAGCCUGGCAGUGGUCCUUUGAGAAAAUCAGGUAAAGCAGAUGAUUAUGAAUCAGUCAACGACAUCCCAAACAGAUCAAGAAUGUCUUCUGGUCCAGACCAAUUAAAAUCUUCCCAUUAUGAUAUUCGUAGUAGACCUAAGACUGUGAGAAAACAACAGAUUGAUACUAUCAGUGAUGAAUUCAACAAUCUACAAGUUAAUUCAAAAAGACAAGUAGAUGAUAAUAAUUCAAGUGGUUUGUCAUAUUCUUCUAAACCAAAGCAUGUGUCAUUUAAUAAUGAUUCAAAAAGAAAAAAGAAACCAGAACAACCCUUAUAUAUAGCCAAAAAAGGGAAAGAAGCAAUGGCAGAUCAGGAUGUCUCUGUUAAUAAACACAAUCAUUCACAAUGGGAUAAAAAUAACGACAGGGUAGAAAACAGAGACUGGUUUACUUCCAAAAAUCGUUCUCAACACAAUGAAAGUUCAGUUCAUUCAAAUUCAUCUAGUAACCAUUGCAGUAAUGAUGAUUUUAGAGGUAAAAAUAAAGAAGAUCAUUUUAAACGUUUUCAUUUAGAUAGAAAAAAUCGUCAUUCAUCUGAUGUUCAUGAACAAAAAUCUAUGGAAUCAUCAAUGGCUAGUAGACAAUAUGGUAAUCGUUUUAGAGAUGAAGUUCAGAAUUCAGAUUCAACUCAUAUGCCAGCAAAAACUUCACAUGACUUGAAUCGAUCAAGAGAUACACACAGUGCUGAACCAUAUUCCUACAAACCACCAUCUGGUCGAGGAUCUAAGGAAAUCACAAUGCCAAAAAAUUUGAAUAUAGAUAUUUUACCUCCACGUUUACAAGCAAAAUACAUUAGAGAGCAUGGUCCUCAAUCAGUUAGUCAUCGCAAUAAUUCAAUUGCAAAUCAAGAAGAGCCUUGGGAUGGAAGUACAGUAACAUUCAAAGGUUCUUCUUCACAUCCAACUUCAACACCUCAUUCUGAAAAUUGGUCAAAUUCACAACCUAUACAUCCAGCUAGAGGAAGAGGAAGAGGUAGAUAUAAAUUAGGAGAGAUUAGCAAUCCUUUGUUACGACCUGGUACGCCGGAUCAGUCUUCCGGUCCAAGCUCGAGAUCUGAUACACCAAAUCAAGAAUAUACAAAUAGGUCGUAUGAUCGUAGAGGAAGUAGCAGUACAGUUUAUACCAGCACAGAAAAUCUGAAUCGUGAUAGUUCUUUAAUGCCUCCACCAUCUUCGCUACCUUGUUCAUAUCGAUCGAUUGGCAACAGAUGUCAAUCUCCAAACAGUAGUUUGAGACAAACAACGCCAUCAAGCAGCUUACCAAAUAAUACUCAUCAAACUUACAAAAUGAAUAACAACAAUAGUGAUUCUAAUUGGGCUCAAACAAAAGAAAUAGUACAAGAAUCUGUCGCAAAUCCAAAUAAAAAUGACUCCAGUAGUUUUGGACGUGAUGAUAAAUUAGAAAUUCUGGACUGGUAUGAAGAAGUUGAAUUAACUGAAAGAUUGGAAGCUGAAAAGAUGAGCAGAAGUUCUUCAGUAUUAAGUUUACAAGAAAAUAGUACCUCGCAUUUUUCUCAACCUUCGGGAAGUAGAAGUACCAGUAGAAGAAAAAGUGUAAAAAGAAAAAAUAAACGCUCCGGUCGAGAUAGAAGCCGAGAUGUAAUAGAGGACAUGACGACGGAACGUCAAAAUAACCAGCAAAAUAGAGAAAAUGACCAAUGUAAUAAUAAUAAGAAAAGUAGUACCUGCACAGGUAGUACUAUUUCGAAUAAUAAAAGAUUUGAUCGAAGACGUAAUAAUUCACAUCGCAGUCGAGAAAGCAGUAAAGAAAGAAACCAUCGUGGAGGGAAUCGAGGACCUGAUGAAUUCCAAAGAAAUAGAUCAUCUCAAUCUCAAAAUAUGGAAGAAAAUUGGCGAACUGCAAAGACGUCGAUAUGUGAAUCGGAUGAUGGUAGACGUACUCCUUUAUCAAGCUCUACAUCGAUAAGCAACUCUGGUUCAAGUUCACUUCAAUAUCAGUCUUCGCUACAGGGAACUUCGUCUUUCUCUAGACAGCAGCAGCCAAAAAGAACCUUGUUUGACCCAAAUAAUCCAACCAAACCUAUUGUCGUAACCUCUCCUGGAAGUAGAGCGGCUUCUCAACUAAGAGAAAAUGAUACUGCCAUCAAGACACCGAGUAUCUUAACAUCAAUACCUGGAACUCAGUCAAUGACUCAACAUGGUUUUCACAGUACAAUUGCAGAUAAACCACCUUUCAUACAAGUACCACCAACAGAUCAACUCAAUAACAUCAAGCCAUCGUGGUAUGAUCCGUGUUCUGAAAGUUUUCGAUCGUCUAGUCACCCGUACUUACUAUUGGACAUUGAGAGGGCAGAUCUAGAAUUACAAUUUCUGCUUAGUUCAGCUUCCUUACUAUCACAAUGGGACAGAAUUUCUACAAUUCGUAACUUUCAUCAAAAAAGUUUACAAACAUUGCUUAUGAAUGAUCUUAAGUUUUGUCAAACCGAAAAUAUUGAGCAACAUUUUUGGAAAAUCACGUAUUAUAAUAUCAUUGAAAUAUUGAGAAAAUCUGCGCCUAAAGAAAAUACCGAAUUGCAAGAACAACAUAAAAAGCUUGUACUACAAAUAGUUGAAGAAGGAACAGUAUACUUUACAAAUUUGCUCUCAUGCUUGGAAACUACUUAUGACUUUAAAAUCGAAUCAUAUUUAUCUUUAUCAACGUCCCCCAAUGGUCUUGGAGCAAUUGGAUUAGCAUUGAUCAGUGCCCAAAAAAUUUUCCUAUUUUUGGGUGAUUUAGCAAGAUAUAAAGAAUUGAUAAAUGAAACAACCAAUUAUGGAAAAUCACGGCAAUGGUACCUGAAAGCCCAGCAAAUAAAUCCAAAAAACGGCAGACCAUACAGUCAAUUGGCAUUACUAGCAACUUAUGCUCGGAGAAAAUUGGAUGCUGUAUAUUAUUACAUGAGAUCUCUAAUGGCCUCGAAUCCCUUUCCAUCAGCUCGCGAAAGUUUGAUAACCAUGUUUGAUGAGAAUAGGAAAAAGUAUCUACAUUAUUAUGAAUCUACCGAAAGGAAAAGAAGAGAGGAAAGAGAAUUAAAAGAAAGAUCUAGAAUGUUGGAAAAAGAAAGUUCAAACCAUAAGGGUCUUCGUAGAGAAAUAUGGUACCAUCCAGAUGGAAAACGAGUCAGACGUACUACCUCGACUGUAAGCGAAAUGAAAAAUGACGAUGAAAGUGAUUUGGAUACCCUGGAGCAAUUGAGCAGUUUAGAGCUGAACAAACGUUUUGUAACUUCUUACUUACAUGUCCAUGGUAAACUGAUAACAAGAGUUGGUUUGGAGACAUUUCAAGAAGCUGCUAUUCAGAUGUUACGAGAGUUUCGCUCUCUACUUCACCAUGUUCCUCUGCCUUUACCAAUUUCACGACUUUUGCAACUAUUAGCCCUGAAUAUGUUCGCUAUCGACUCAACUCAACUUAAAGAUACAGAAAUAGAAAAAAGUUAUCGAUCUGAAGUACAAGAACGUGCUCUGAUUAUGUCCUUACAAAUGUUCAGUCUCAUAUUGGAGCGGGGUAUUAAUUUGGUCAAAGCGCAAUUUGAAUCAAAGGAACGUCCAAGACUCAUAGUUACAGACGAUAUGCAAAUUUUGCUAGCUGCGAUCAAAGUUUGGUGUGAUUGGUUGUUGUGUCACAGUUCAGUAUGGAAUCCACCCCCUUCGUGUUCAGAUUAUCGAGUUGGGCCUCCAGGAGAAGCAUGGAGCCGUUUAGCGAUGUUGGUCAAUCUCUUUGAAAAAUUGGACUAUCCAAAGAAUAUAGUAAUAGAAGCACCUGAUGCUGAGAACCGUCUUGAUGAGGUCAAAUUGGUUAAACUGCCUGAAGAUACGACGCUAGCUGGAUUUACGCCACUAAUGUCCAUUCCUCAGUAUCCGUUUUAUGCCGACAAAAAAGAAGAUAUUGAAUUAGUACAAGUCUGCUCACGAAUAAAAAAAAUCUUGUUCUUCGGACAAGAAUUCCUCUGUGGUCUGGAGAUACCAGUGUUGAAGUUGCAAAAGAACGAACGAGGUGAAAGUGAGUACGUGUCUGUAGUGGAGACGUCCAGCAUCAGUUCCCCGGGCUCGCCGCAUGGUCAGAAUGAUACCGAUAUCUUGGUAGAAAGCUUCAGCGAAGAUGAAGACGAAGACGAUUCCUCGCUGAAAGUAUCGAAGCUGCCGGACAGCAGUGACGGUUUAACCGUUGCUGUUGGUGGAAAGCCAACGAAAGAUCAUCAAAGACAGCGAGUUCAGACUAUUUUGCAGACGUCGACACUAGCCGUUGAAAUGGAAAUAAGGCCCAAACACUUGGUUCCUGACACAAAUUGUUUCAUCGAUCACUUGCCUCAACUUCAAAUUUUAGCCAAAGCUACGUAUGGAUCAUUACCGCUUUUCACCUUGAUGGUUCCUAUAGUUGUUUUGAACGAGCUUGAAGGCUUGACAAAGGGCAUUGACAUGCAAAAUCACGCAACUUUGGCAAGGUUCGCCCAAAGUCCAGAACACAUAGCCAUGGUUGCCGCAAAUUCCCAUGCUGCUCUUACUUUUAUACGAAGCAAAAAUCCAGCGGUAAAGUGUGUGACUACACGAGGAACGAUACUUGCUUCUAGUUCAUUUACUGUUGAAGAGGAUGGUUGUCAGGAUACCGUAGCCAAAAACGAUGACAAAAUACUUAAUACGUGCCUAAGCUUGUGCAAAUCCAAUAAAGAUCAAAGCAAUGACACCGUCGGACUAGGUCAGACGCGCAAGUUGAAGCGCGACGUGGUACUGCUGACGGAGGACCGCAAUUUGAGGGUGAAAGCGAUUGCCCGAGACAUUCCUGUACGCGAGUUACUGGACUUCAUUAAGUGGGCUAGGCUCGCAUGAGCUGUUUUACUUGCAAACUACUCACCUUUAAUAUUUUUGUUGCUCUGUGACUUUGCCUGGAGAGAAAAAAAUACUGCUAAUGUGAUAAUGCAUGUUAACAGCGAAUUAAGAGCAAGUAUGAUAUAAGCCCAAUCAGAAAAAAGCCCUCGAAAUUAACUUAUUCCCGGACACAACGUCAUUGCAGCACCUUGUGAAACCCUCAGCCCCUUUUUAUAAUUAAUAGUUCAAAUAUUUAUCUACCUUCGUUUACUUCCGACACUAUCGCUUUCAACGAUCAUUUUAUGAUUUCGCAAAGCGGACGAACAAAUGUAUUGUGUAAAAGUGGUAGUGAACGGGAUGAGCGUUUAUGAGUUGUACAUAUUAUCACUUACCUGCCACGCCGCGAAUUUUAUUAGCUGUGUACAUUGAUGUAUCUAUAAAUAAUGCCGAUUCCUUUUCUAUUUAAGCAAAACGGUGAUAUUGCUGUAGUGCUUUACGCGUGUUUAAUCACGUUUUUAAAUGAUCAUAACAAUUAUAACACGUGCUACGUGAAUUUUUUAAUUUAUACUAGAGCUUUAUUAUAUGCAAGUUAAUUGCAUGAAUCAUGAAUUAGUCAAUUGUUCAGAAAAUAUUUCAAACAGUAUCGGAAAAAUCAUGUUGCGUACUCUUUGUGAUUGAGUUUAAAUUCUCAAUUUUUUUAAAGAUCAAUUUCAAAUUUCAGAACUGUCUUUAAAAUAUCGUAUGUUAGUCUGGGAGGCCGCUGAUCUCUAGUGGUGAACCAAUGUACAUAAAUGAAUUAAUAGUCUGUCAUAUAAUUGAUUCAUUAUAGUUACUUGAUUAAAUGUUGAAUUUCUAACUACUUGAAAGGAGUAUAUAAAUCAAACGGAAACUUUAGAUAAAAAUAUAAUUUACUCGGUACGAUCAACUCGUACAUUUAUAAUAUACAAGUAGAAUUAUAUGAAUUGGCGACACUUGAAAAAUCAAAUUGAAUUAAAAACAAAUCCAUUUAAUCUCAUUAUAUAAAGUGAAUAAUAGAAUUUAAACGUGGAAUAUUUAGUGAAAAAAAAAUUUACUGCCUUUUUUUUAGACUUGCAUUCAAAUCAUAAUAAUUCAUACGUACGGUUUACCUAUUUGAAAAUGAUUUUAUGAAAAGUUCACGUUUUCCAUAGUUAUUCCUAAAAUAUGAACAUACUAUUUAAAAACUUAGGUAAUAAUCAAAUGCAUUGUAAUAUUAGUAUUUUUUCACCGAGCUUAAAGCAAAUUAUAAUCGUAGGGAUAAGUACAAUCAUUUGUAUAAAAUCAUUUUACAAAGAUACAGUGGCAUUAUGUGAAUAUCAAGUUAUAGUCGUUAAAUAUUUAUUUAUCGUAUUAUAGACCGUCAAGUUUGUUUCCUGCAAACCAAACAUAAUCUUUACUUUUUUUCGUUUUCAAUAUUCCAAGGUACAUCCGAAUUUUUCAAAGGCAAUGUGCAAUUGAAAUGAGGCAUCUAAGGAACAUUUUACUUUUGAGGAUUUAGUGCAGGAAUGAAUAAUAUUCUAACAUAAAAUUAUUGUCCUUUUGAACUUUAUAUUUUCCGCUUUCAAUACUUGUACAAUUUGAUUCAAAUUAAUUUUCACUAAAUGUAUAACGAAUAAACCUUUGAUAUUCAAGGGUUUGAAGAAUUUUCAAAGUGUUGCUAAUUUUUUGAUCGGUUCAAAAUUAGAGUUACUUAAAAGUAGUUUCAAUCUGAAAGAUAUACCUCUAUCGAUAAAGUAUAUUAUUAAGUGAUUUAAAAAAUAAGAUAUAAUUUACCUUAAAAAUAUUAAAUUCACGCAAUAUUUUUUUGUAGCAUGUAAAUGCCUAAUACAUGAAUAGCCUGUAAAAACGAAAUUCAACGUUUUCAAAGCAUUACGAGUUGCUUUACACCAAUACUUAAGCCUUCUAAAGAGCAAAACACUUACUUUUUUUUAGUUAAUCUUGAUCCUGAUAAUUGUAAUCGUGUCGUGAAUGUUUAAACGCUAAUGAACUUUUGUAAUUUUUCGAUUUUUUAUACGUAGUUUAAUGAAUAAGAAAGUGAUAAGAGUACUUUUUGACCAUACGUAGGUAAAAUACUAUUUUCAAAAAGUGAUGUUGAUGUUGCAAAUCGUUAUAAAUCAGCGACGAACUGUACUAUUUUCGUUUAUAUUUAUUCGACUGUUAUAGAUAAUCAAAUUAGUAAUCAUGGAUUCGCGAUUCAACGAUCUGCGAAAAUGAUUUUUUAAAUCUUUCGACAAGUAGAGGGUUUAACAUGUACUAUAAAACAAACUAGUUGUAGUCGAUUAUAAAAUUUUAAAUGUAAAAAUAUUAUUAAAUAACUAUUUUCAAGUACGAAUCGAUUGGUAGCUUUUCUUAUUUUCAUUAAUUUUAUGUAUAAUCAAUAAAAAUGUAUACUGUUAAUUGUAAUUGACAUAAGACCAUAGUGAGUGCAUAAUUGAUAAAUUGAGUCAACAAAAUAAAAAAACGCACUUUCCCAA